CGCUGCUGUGUUCAGAUCAGUGGCGGGCUGUCAGUAGUAGCAGUAGAUGUUGUGGGGUAGUAGUGUCAGCAGUGCGGGUUUACUGAGUUAAAGGCAUAAUUAUGAAGUUUCGAGCGAAGAUAAACGACGUGGGAUGUCUCAACCAUUUCACACGUGUGGUGAACACUAUUACAAAACUCACAAAGACAUGUGUGCUAAGGCUCACUGUAGACAACAUGUACUUUGUGCUUUCUGGAAAAGUGGCCAAUGGGGGAGUCAGCAUGUGGUGUGAGUUACUACAGGUAAAUUUCUUUGAGGAAUAUCAGUUGGAGGGUGUGUCUGCAGACGCCAAUGAAAUCUGCUUGGAAGUUGCACCGGAGAACUUAUCCAGAGCUUUAAAAACAGCACAAAAUGCCAAGUCUGUCAAAAUAAAACUAACAAAGAAGCAUGGUCCAUGCCUCACCUUAGCUGCAGAACUGCCUUCACUGUCCUCCAUCAAUCGUAUCGUGACUCAUGACAUCCCUGUGGACAUCAUUCCCAAAAGACUUUGGCACGACUUUAAGGAACCUACUGUGCCGGACUUUGAUGUUAGCAUAUAUUUACCCCCUCUGAAGACCAUGAAAAGUGUGGUGGACAGAAUGAAGAACCUUUCCAACUAUUUGGUUGUGGAGGCUAAUAUGAACGGUGAAAUGAAUCUGAAGAUUGAAACAGAUCUGGUGUCUGUAACAACACACUUCAAAGAUCUUGGCAACCCUCCCUGGGGUGACAAUGCCUCACAGAGUCAAAGUCAGAGCAGAGAUGCUGAGGCCAUGGCACACGCUCGAGUGGACAUAAGAAAACUCCAGCAGUUCCUCAUGGGGCAGCAAGUUAACCCCAACAAAUCCAUGUGUAAUAUUGUUGACAAAAGGAUAAUUCAUCUGAUUCUUCUCCAAGAGGACGUGUCUCUGCAGUACUUUAUUCCAGCUGUGGCGUAGUGUUGCACCCAACACGAAGGGGACAGAGGAAAGCUGCUCAGAUGUCCAGCUCACUACCUUUAUUCUAAAAGCUAAUUUAUACUCUCCUUUUGGAUUAAAAUGAAUGACUGUUUCAAAGGUUGUAACCAUCAAUGAACGCAUACUUCUAUGCUUUCUGUCUGUUGGUGUGAAUGUUAAGCAACACAUCCACUCAGGGAAAGUUCAGAGUGAAAAGUCCCUUAGAACAGCGAACAUGGUUACAGUAAAGGAGUUCUGAAAAUGUACUUAUUACAAAACUAAAAAAAGUUCCACCAUACUUUUUUUUUGAGUCCAUGUGCUGUUUAGCUUGAAAUAUUGGCUACCCUGGCCCCACAAUUUUCAGUCUUAUAAAUGAGCCUUUAAUCUGCUGUCAGUGAUGAAUAACGCAAAAUAAACGAUUUGUCAACUGAAUAAACCAGUUCUAAAAUAAUGAACAUAAAACCUUCCCUGUAAUUCUUAUUCAGUUUAUUUUGCAACAUAAAAACAAAGGGAAAAGUGUUUCUUACUGUUUGUCUUGUACAUUUAUUGUUUAGGAUCUUUCUAGUAUUUUUGUAAUAAAAAUGUUUUUCUUCA